AACGCAGAGAGUCCGUGACGACGCCAGGCGCGCGCUCGUGGAUCAUGUGUUGGAACGCGACAGAGUUUAAUCAGAACUUUACGCAUAUUAGAUAGUUCCAGAGCGCGCGCUGUCCCGAGGGAUAAACAUGGGAUGCGGGAGCUCCAAAAUCACGGUGGUUGAACCCGUAAAACCGAGCAGUGUGAACGGAAAUGAGUUUGUUGCGGCUCAGGGAGGAUCCCGUGGCGACUCCGCCGUGUCCAAAAUGACCACAGACAGCGGGGUCAGUCUGGAUGCAAGAGAGCCAGCAGUUCUCCCUGGAUCUGUACCUAGACUUCUUCCACCGCUACGAGCCCAGAGUCCUGGACUGGCCCAGCAGAGCGAAGAGAGACCCGAGUCCAGUGAGAUCCUGGAGCAGCUGCUUAUUCAGGGAAUCAUUCCAGCUCAACCAAAGCAGGGCGGCAGUGGAGAAGCCUACAACAUCAUGAUGGAUGGCGCUGAAAAGCCGAGGAGCAGACCACCCGCUCGACUGGAGUCACUGAAAACUCGCAAAGAACAAGAAGUCACCAGGAAGGAAGACAUUGAGAUGAAGAUGAGACAAGUGGAGGAGAGGAGAAAGGAGAGAGAGGAGGACCUGAAACGCAGGAUGAGGAUUAAAUCAGCCCGACCGCGGCCUGCUCCAGUGACCGCAGAACUCGACCCCACUGAACUGCUCCAUUCUGAACAGCUUCCUGUCCCAACCAGAACCAAACCGCUACAGACGCCAAUCACCGGAGAGUCCGAGGACCAAAGACUUACUGCUUCCCCAGAGCUGGAGAAUGACUCCACCUUCCAACAGAUGGAAGAGGUUUUUUAGAAGGGAAGUUUCCUGAUGCAUAUUCUAAAAGUUGCACAUGCACUUUCUACAGGUCAUUAUUAAUCUUGUUCAGGGUACGGCUCAGAUGAAAGUCUGACCUUGGGUUGUGCAUUAUUAUAUACACAGAAAAAUCCCCAGAGUUGAAUCAGCUCUGCUCAGAGUACAUAUGGUCCCUCUCUAAAUAGUGUUAAAGUAACACUGAAGCAGAGUUAAAUUUAAUGAGAUAAUUAAGCAAUUAAUUAAUGAUUGCGCAUUAUUGAUGAACGCCUGCUGUUAACAAGCAGAAUCACUGAAGAAAUAAGAAAAAACACCAGAACUUCAAGUGACUUAAGUUAUUAAUUGCUUAAUUAUCUCAUUAACUUUAACUCUGCUUCAGUGUUACUUUAACACUAUUUAGAGAGGGACCAUAUGCACUCUGAGCAGAGCUGAUUUAACUCUGGGAUUUUGCUGUGUAGAAAAAGACAUGGAAAUAUGUGCCUAAUUAGUAUGAGGCGGUCGUUAUGAAAGAUUGGAAGGGUUAAGAAUUGGGCAUGAUAUAUAAGAAAUGCAUGAGUGAGUUGCCAAUGAGAUAUCUACUAAUGAGAACAUUAUUCUUCUACUAACUAGAUACUAUAGUUUGGGGUCGGUAUGAUUUUUUUUUUUUUUUUUUUUUAAAGAAGUAUCUUCUGCUCACCAAGAUAACUUGUCAAAAAUUGAUCAAAAAUACAGUAAAAAUUGUGAAAUAUUAUUACAAUUCAAAACAACUG